UCGCAUUUCCACGUCGAAAUACGGCCUUGGACGGCCAAUUUCCCGUGUUCAUUAACGUAACACGUAAAGGGUAUUCCGCCCCCACCCAUAUAUACGACGCCUCGUCUGUAACGCGCUUUCUCCAACCCCUUCGUACUCCACAUCCCAAUGUCGUCCUCCGCCACAUACCCGCCGUUUGCUCCAGUGGACACGUCAAGCCACCCGGUCAAGGACGACCUUGAGUCGCCGAGCAUCUCGAGCACCAACGCUCUCGCCCGCUUCGAGUUUGAGGCCGGCCAUGGCAGAGAAGGCACCAAGAUUCUCAUGGUAGAGUGGGAGGACGACGACACAACACGCGGCGUCCGCGGCGACUGGCAUAUCUCUUGGGAGGGCAAGGGCAAGACCACAGUGCUGCCCGCUGAGGACCAGCCGAGCAACGAUGUGAACCGCAUCUAUUUCCUGCUCGCCCCAGGGGUCGCCGUGCCCUCUGGCGUCACGCUUACACACCGGCCGCAGGACAGCAACAGACUGACCGUAGUAUGGCACACAAACCCGCUCCCCGCGAUAUUCCCUCCCGAGCUAGGGGCGUCGGCGCGCGCAGCGGGCAAGAAGGGCAUCCUGCACACAAUAUGGGCGAAGAAGCGGCUGCAGGUGCUGCAAAAGGAGAUUGAGGAGGAGUCGAAAAACAACGUCGAGGGCAUAGGCUUCCUGAUGGCAGUGCAAGAAAAGGAGUGGAUCGAGCAGACCUUCGGCGUGAAUGCGAAGCCUGCAGGCCUCAGCAUCUCGCUGGCCGAGCCCACCGUGGCGCCCUUGGGCCCUGCAAGCCCCCGCUCGCCGGGCGGAGGGCGGCUGAUGGAGAAGCUGCGCGGCCUCAAGCUCGGAACCAGCGAGAAGGACCUCACUGCGAAAUCCGAUCCCUCCGAAAUGCCGCACUCGAACCCCCUCUCUCCCGAAUCCUCGGAUGUGGCGGUCUCUUCGUUCGCCGCGUUCAAGGGCACGAAUCCUGCAACGCUUGCAGCGAAGCCCCCGCAGCCCCCGCAGACGACCCGCAAAGUCGCCGCAGCGGUCCCGCCGCCCUCCAUUGUGGCACAGCAGCAGCAGCAACAGUCGUCCGGCAUGGCAUCCCUGAAUGCAUUUACCGCGCCCGAGGUCCCGAUGUUCCAGUCCCGGGGCCCGCCCUUACCGGACGACGAUAAGGAUGAGGGGCUGUUUGCGCUUCCUAUAUCGCCGCGCAGUCCGGAGAUGGGGAAGAGCCCGUUUUCGUUCGCUGGGAACGAGACGGCGAAAUAUGUCCAGGGAGAGAAGGUGUGAGGCGCGCGGUAGGGGAGUGUGGAGUUUUGGUCUUCUGGUUCUGCGC